UAUUUUGUUUUUGCCCCCCCAUUUUUGACUGUGGUAUCUUUGUGCCCCCCCUAUAUAUUGUUCCUAGAGUCGCCACUGCCGGUGGCUCAUGUGAGCGAUUACCUGGAGCAUUGGGUGCGCCGUCCUCUUAGCAAAGAGGCGCGCAGCAAGCUCCGAGCUGAAUGCCCCAGACCAUUGAUCCCCAACAAGGUCUAUGAUAGGCCAUCUGUGGAUCCAAAAAUGACACAGUUCUUGGCUAAAACCGGCUGGAAUCCCCGCAAGGGGUUAGAUUCCGCAAUUAAGAGUUGUCAGGAUAAGCUCCUUGACAUCUUUGGCCCCCUCGCCAAAAUCUUUGAGAUGGCCGAAUCGGCCAGAGCGGACGGCUCUCCGAUAGAUCCGGAGGAGCUUACUGGCUGGAUACAGAGGGCCAUUUGUAUCGCGGGCAGCACCAACUCCUCCCUGGCCAUUGAACGGCGUAAAGCCAUUUUGUUUAAAAUUGACCCGAAAUUGGCCAACCUGGCACUCACUGAGUCAGGGAGGGAUGCUCAGGGUCUGCUGUUCGGGGAUUCCUUUAUUAAGGACCUCAGCAGAUACGUAGGUGCAUUUACCGCCCUAGACAAGGCCCAGUCCUCCAUGAGAAGGGUCUUUCAGGGACGGGUCUCCACUAGGGCCGGCAGUAGUAGGGGCCGUCUGUCCGGCCGCUCCAGUUAUCAAGCCCGCAGCUCGGGCAGAGGCUCCUUCAACCAGAGGCCUCCUUUCCAGGACCAAAGGAAUCCCCCCUCAUUCUUCCCGGCCAGAGGCGGCCAAUGGCGUUCCAGGUCGGUCAGAGGGAAUCCGAGCUACAGAAAAUCUUUCGGUAAGUCUUUCCCCAGUGGGGACUUCUUCCACCCCUCGCGUAGGGGGCAGACUCCGUCUAUGUUCCCACGUUUGGUCCAACAUCACAUCAGACCCAUGGGUGCUGAUCACUGUGCAGGGGUUCCACAUAGAACUUACGGGUUCCCCAGAUUUCGUCCUUUCUCCCCCGCCCCUGGCGCUACCGGACAGGGAGCUAGUGGACAUAGAACUUUGUUCCCUCUUGCACAAGGGUGCGAUAGAAAGGGCCCCUCCUACCCGAAGGGGCGUUCUCAGCCACAUUUUUCUAGUUCAGAAAAAAGGGGGUCAAUUCCGUCCGGUCAUAAAUCUCCGUGCACUGAACUCUGUGGUGCGCUACCGCCACUUCAAGAUGGAGGGGAUUCACCUCCUUCGGGACUUGCUGAUUCCAGGGGACUGGAUGGUGAAGCUGGAUCUCAAAGAUGCCUAUCUGACGGUUCCGGUGGCCUCCUCCUCCAGGGACCUUCUUCGCUUCCUGUGGAAGGGCGAAGUGUGGCGCUUCACUUGCCUACCGUUCGGCCUUUCCUCGGCUCCUUGGUGCUUCACCAAGUUACUGCGCCCAGUCAUGGCCUGGCUGCGGAGUCGGGGGGUGCGUCUUGUCAUAUACUUGGACGACAUCCUCAUUAUGCACCAGGAUCAGCAGUCUCUGCUACAACACCUCCAGUGGACCUCGGAUCUGCUGACGAGUCUGGGUUUUCUACUCAAUCUCGAGAAAUCCUGUCUCACGCCGUCUCGGCGUAUGGAGUUUCUGGGCUUCACGGUGGACUCUGUCGCGGAAUCCCUCAGUCUUCCUGCGGAGAAGUUGCGGACGAUACGCAAGGAGUUGAGACAUGCUCUCUCGACUCCCUCCCUAUCACUACGCCAUCUGGCUCGCAUCAUUGGGCUAUUAGCCUCCUCUAUCCAGGCAGUCUUUCCCGCUCCACUCCAUUAUCGGGCUUUACAGCGUCUGAAGAUCGCCCACCUCCGUGCCGGGGCCUCAUUUGCAGACGCGGUGAUUCUGGAUCAGGAAGCUCAGGAGGAACUCCGUUGGUGGUUGAGCAAUUUGGAAGCCUGGAACGGCAGAGCAAUUUUCGGAUUCCAACCGGAAUUCACGGUGGAAUCGGACGCGAGUCUCCAGGGCUGGGGGGCCCACUGCGAGGGUAUCUCCACUGGCGGUCGAUGGUCGGAGUCCGAGACCCGUUUUCACAUCAACGCUCUGGAACUUCUAGCGGGUUCGUUUGCCAUCAGGAGUUUCACCAAGGGCAUUGCUCAUGCAUGCAUCCGUCUACGCAUGGACAACGUGUCGGCGGUCCGAUACGUCAAUCAUCUAGGCGGCACUCAAUCGGCCACCUUGGCCCGACUGGCGAAGGAUUUCUGGUCCUACUGUAUGUCCAGGGACAUCAUGGUUCAAGCGGAGUACCUUCCGGGUCUCCACAACUACCGAGCGGAUUGGAGCUCCCGAUGCUUCACGGACGGCAGCGACUGGAGGUUGAAUCCGGAGAUGUUCUCCAUGAUCUCGGACAUCUGGGGUCCUUGUUCCAUAGACCUCUUCGCGUCCCGUCUCAACGCUCACCUGCCCAGGUUCUUCAGCUGGCGUCCGGAUCCGGAGGCAGAGGCGGUGGAUGCGUUUCUCCAGGACUGGUCUGCAGCCCUACAUUACGCAUUUCCGCCGUUCGCCAUGAUUCCGAGGAUGCUGCUACAGACUCGUCGUCAGGCGGCGGAAUUGGUGGUGGUGAUUCCCUUCUGGGGGUCUCAAGUCUGGUAUCCGAUUAUCCUGGAACUCCUGGUGGAUGUGCCUCUCCUACUCCCGACGCGGACGGAUCUCCUCCAGGACCCGCUGGGUGCCCCACAUCCUCUCCUGGUCGACGGCUCCCUUCAACUUCUGGCGUGCCGAAUCUCAGGACUCCAGGCGAGGUCGAGGGAGUUUCGGAGGCAACUAGACGCCUCCUGGACAACGCUUGGGCUCCCGGCACCCGAAAAUCUUACCGGGCAGCUUGGGGAUCUUGGGUUGGCUGGUGCAUGGAACGGGACCUGGAUCCCGUUUCGGCGUCUGUGACCCAUUUAUUGCAAUUCCUGACGUCUCUUUUUGAAGCAGGGAAAGCUUAUCGGACCAUCAAUUUGUUCCGUUCCGCGAUUUCCUCGACUCAUCAGGGUUUUGAUGGCGUUCCUGCUGGUCAACACCCUUUGGUGUCUCGGCUUUUACGUGGCUCGCGUUUGGCUCGGCCUCCUCGGCCGCGUUUCACCGCUACGUGGGAUGUCUCCCUGGUCCUGUCUUUUCUCUCUUCCUGGCCCGACAACGCGUCUCUUUCCCUCCGUCAGCUGUCGGCCAAAUUGCUGACUCUUUUUUGCCUGAUUUCCUGUAAGAGGGUCUCAGAUGUUAGGGCUCUGGAUCAUGAUGCCAGGUCCUUUACGCCCGAGGGUGUUACUUUUAACAUCACGCGGCGUACCAAGACCAAUAUUCGGUCGGUGUCCUAUCCCAGUUUUCCGUCUUCUCCGGCGCUCUGUCCUGUAGUUUGCCUGCGGGAGUAUGAGUUGCGCACUCGGUCUCACCGUUCUGCGGACACUCCGCAGCUUUUCCUCUCUAUUCGCCAUCCCUUUGGCCCGGUGACCAGUCCCACUUUGGCGCGAUGGAUGAAGUGGGUCAUGUCCCUUUCCGGGAUUGAUACGACGAUCUUUACCGCUCACUCGGCCAGGGGCGCGGCUGCUACUGCCCUGGCAGUUUCGGGGGCUCGUUUGGAGGACAUUCUGCGUCUGGCUGACUGGUCUAGGGCCACGACGUUCACAGAGUUUUAUUUCCGUCCUCCAACUCACGUGUUUUCAGCUAUUAUUGAGCAUCUUUGAACUUGCAAUACGAAGCCUCCGUGUCUUGCUGUAAAACUUAAUGAUUUUCCUAUUUCAUGACGUAAAGUCAUAGUUUUAUUAAAGACACGGAGGCGAGUAUUGCCCGCCCUAGGUUUCUCUUGCCCCCCCCCGGUUGUUAUAUUAUUAUUGUUAUUGACUGUUUGACUGUCUUUUAUUGUUAUUUAUGACGUUUUGCCGUUCAGUUUUAUUAUGGUUGUUUCAGCGACCUUUUUGAUGUGCGACCGUUAUAGGGUCGAGUUUGCGCAUUUUGUACCCAUGUGCUUACACUGGCUAUAUUAUUUGUUCUGUUUCAGGUUGAGAACUCCUUGGCGGAUGGCGUUCCGUGUUGUUCCAGGUUUCCUGAGAUGUUAGCCAUGUUGGCUUGAGUUCUCCAGUUGGAGGGACCAGAAGGGUCGGUGUCGGUUCCAGUUCCAGUUCGGUUCGUUUUCGGUUAUGGUUGGCGGUUGGUGUCGUGGAUUCAAAGAAAGAGGAAGAUAUGAAGAGGACACUGCUUAUUAUAGGAUCUGUCAGGGGAGGGUCCUUUGUUGUUUUGAUUAUGUUAAUUUUUCCUUUGCUGCUAUUGGUGGAAGUAAAG